UAUAGGCGAAAGAAUUCGAUUUAUAAAUAGACUACGCAUGUUAACAAGUAUUCAAAACGUUGACAGUGUUUCAUAGUUAAAUUAACAGAAAUCAGAGUUUUACUAUGUAAUAUGUAAACACAAAAUGAUAUUAUGAAAAGGUAAAUAAUUAAGUAACUGUGAAUAUAGAUUUUAGAGCUGCCGAUAAUAAGGAUCUAACAGAGUACUGUCUUAUUCAUUUAGAUAGAACAAUACUAAUUGAGACAUUGGGCACCGAUUAUCACGAACACUAAUAAUAUCCUUUAUCUACUGUAAUAUAAAUUAUUAAUGUGCGUUAUGAAACUUAUAUGCCGUUAGCAUAAAGCGUCUAGCAUAUUGCUUGGGCAAAUACAACAGUGGUGUAUGAGAAGAUUGAUUCGUUUAUACCUCUUCAUAUCGUAGUUUUAUAUAUAUACAUACAUACGAACAUACAUACAUAUAUAUAUUUAUAUAUAUACGCCUUUUAUAUGAAAUUGAUAUUUUUUAAUAAUAUGUCAAAUUAUAAAAUUGAUUGUCAAUGAACACUAUUUGAAAGUUCGACGAUUUAUUAUCAAUAAUAUAAUAUAUGUACUUAUAUAUAAAGCACCUGCAGCUUAUACGGUCAUGCAGAGUGGUGGUGGUGGCGCGUCCUCACACUCGCUGCAAGUUAUAUAAACGAUGCGUGCACGCAGCUCACCGAUUACAACUGUAUUCGAUAGUGCGUUCAGUAGCUAAUAUCAGUUUACUCUUAUAAACUCGAUUCUCCAUAUCUUUUCACUCUUAUUUAUCAUUUACUGAAAUAUACAUUAUACGUAUCGUAGAAAUAACCAAAAAGAAGUGUGUGCACGUGAAAGAGAGAGAAAGAGAAAGAGAAAAAAUAUUUUAAAUAUGAAUGAGAUUUCCAUUAACUUGGUCUCUCAACUAAAAAAUGCCGGCAAGUUUUGGUACAUCGUUAACCCUUUCGAAACAACUUUCGAAUUUCCCCAUCAGGUGCCUGAUUAUUAUCAGCAGGUUUUAGUCGUUUUUUCUUUUUCUCUUUCCUUUUUCCUUCAAUUAUUGUUAUAUUAACAAAAGAGAAGCUAAAGCAAUAUGCAGUUAAAUUUGAAAAGUUGUUUUCACAUUCGAGAGGUCUGGAUACCAUUUUUCUUUCUUAUCGUAUUAGAACAAGUGAUAUUAACUGCGAAGAAUAAGAAAAAAUCAUUUCGAUUGAACGACCAAGUGACGUCGUUCUCUCAUUGGAUAUUUCAAGAGUCUGGCCGCGUUUUUUUUCGUGGGGCAGAAUAUUACGCUUAUAUUAAAAUUUAUGAAAAUUAUCAUCGAUGGAAUUUAUCAUGGAAUUCUAUUUGGACUUGGUACAUCACUGCUUUAGGGGUAGACUUUUGUUAUUAUUGGGUACACCGUAGUAAUCACGAAGUACAUUUUUUGUGGGCUCACCAUCAAGUACACCACAGCAGCGAGGAAUUCAAUCUCGCGGUUGGCCUGCGCCAAUCGGUACUGCAACAUUGGUGCAAUUUUAUUUUUUAUCUACCUCUUGCUUUCUUCAUACCACCAUCACAUUUCAUUGUUCAUCAUCAAUUCAACUUGAUUUAUCAACUUUGGAUACACACGACAAUUAUUGACGAUCUCGGACCGUUAGAAUUAAUAUUUAAUACUCCUAAACAUCAUCGCGUUCAUCAUGGAUGCAAUCUAUACUGUUUGGAUAAAAAUUAUGGCGGAGUUCUUAUAAUCUGGGACAGAUUAUUCGGGACCUUCAUGGAAGAGAAGGAUGAAAUCAUUUACGGCUUAGUAACCAGUCCGCAAUCAUUCAAUCCCUUGUAUCUUCAGAUGUUUUAUGCGAAAGCGAUGAUAAACAAGAGUAAGGGCAUGAAAUCUUCGGCAGAUAAAUUGUCCGUCUUGUGGAAAGGUCCUAGUUGGUAUCCAGGUGGACCACGUUUGGGCCUUGACAAGUAUAAAAUAAAUGUAACAUCUAGAAUCAAAUAUAAUGUUCGUAUACCAACGUGGCAAACCGUCUAUAUUAUUUUACAUUUUUUAAUAAUUUUUUAUAAACAUUUGCAGUUGUAUAAUAAUGAAAAACAAGAUAUACAUAAUUUUUUAGGAAUAACAAUAUUGAAUAAUAUGUUUGCUCUUGUCGCUAUUGGAUUAUUGUUUGAUAAGUCACAAUAUGCUGGAUUGGUAGAACUUGUUCGAUGUAUUGUAUAUUUAUUGUAUGAAGACUGUUGUCUUAACGUUCUGAUAUAUUAUAUUUAUAUAAUAUCUUGCUUUAUUUGGAUCUUUCAAGUUGUAAAUCAAAUGAAAGCAAAUUUUCUGCGAUUAUGAAUUUGUAAGAUACAUUUAAUCAAAAGGAAAUAAAAAAUCAUUGUUACUUAUUUAA